GCUCCCAGUUCAUGGCCCCCCCCGUGGGCAGCCCGGGAGGGCAGCUGAGCGCCAGCAUGCAGCUGCAGAAGCUCAACAACCAGUACUUCAGCCACCACCCGUACCCGCACGGCCACUACGUGCCGGACUUGCACCCCGGCGGCCACCCGCUGAGCGGCAGCGGACAACAUUUCAGGGACUGCAACCCCAAGCACGGCGGCGGAGGCAGCGGCUUGCCGCCCGCCGUGCCCCACGUCCCCGCGGCGAUGCUGCCGCCCAAUGUCAUAGACACUGACUUCAUCGACGAGGAGGUCCUCAUGUCCUUAGUCAUCGAAAUGGGGCUGGAUCGCAUCAAGGAGCUGCCCGAGCUGUGGUUGGGACAGAACGAGUUUGACUUCAUGACGGACUUCGUUUGCAAACAGCAGCCCAGCAGGGUGAGCUGCUGAUUCAUUUCCAACAAACAAAGGACUUUCUAGCGGUGCGAGUGAAAACAUUCCCCCCGACGCGGUGUCUCACUUUUCGCUGCCCGAAAAGGUGAGAAUCUGGAAAGCAGAGUAAACUAUGCGCUUGCAUAAACUCUUUUUUUUUUCUUUCUUUCU